GGUAAAAUAUGCAAGGUGUUGCGGGUUUUGUAAAAAGAGAGAUCUUGUUUGUUUUGCCUCCAGACAAAUCAGUAAAGUGGCCAAUAGUGACGACUGUGAAAAAAGCCUAUUGUCAUACAAAUAGCAAUCAGCGUGUUUUAAAUUUUAAUCUGUCCACACACUGACGCAACGCAACCAAUAACAUCAAAACCAACCUAGUGUUUACCAACGCACGUUGCGGGCAAAAAUGUCAUUUUUGACAAAUUCUCUACAGUCAACGGUGUGAUAAAUUGACAUGUUUCAUGAAAAUUGGCCACUUUUUUAACAGCAUUUAAGAUUCAUCAAAAUGAGCAAAGCAAAUGCUUCAGUAGUUGUUGAUCCAGUGCAAGAAGAAUUAGCUGGAAGGGUUAGAGAAGUUGGAAACCAUGCUAUUUGGAGCUUAUCUAGCUGUAAACCAGGCUUUGGUGUUGAUCAACUUCGAGAUGAUAUCACUGAAACAUACUGGCAAUCAGAUGGACAAUUACCUCAUCUUGUAAAUAUUCAAUUCAGGAGAAAAACUACAAUUAGAGACAUAUGCAUUUAUACAGACUAUAAGUUGGAUGAAAGCUAUACUCCUAGUAGAAUUAGCAUCAGAGCUGGAACCAAUUUCAAUGAUCUGCAAGAAGUUGAAGUAAUGGAUCUUAAUGAACCAAGUGGGUGGGUAGUAAUACCCGUAAAAGAUCUUAAUGAAAAACCUGUGAGAACCUUUAUGAUUCAAAUAGCUGUCAUAAGCAAUCAUCAAAAUGGACGAGAUACUCAUAUGAGACAAAUUAAAGUUCAUAGUCCAGCUGAGGAUGUUCUUGGACCUCAUUCUCAACUAGUGCCAGGACAAUUUCUUACAAAUGAGUUUCAAAGAUAUGCUACAAUAAGAUAGACAUAUUUUUUUGACUAAAUUAGUUUGUUAACUUUUUGUGAGUUUUUGUAAUUGAAUAUUUUUUAUUUUUAAAAACAUUUCAAGUUUCCCAGUAUUUUGCCAUAUACAUACUCUACUCAAAUGAAAUAUUUUCAUUUGAACUUCACUGUGAUUAUGGAAUGUAGAAAGUGUAAACAAAAGAUUAGGCUAAUCUGUUUGAACUAUCAACUACAAUUGUAACUCUGUUAGUUAACAGGAUCAGUUACAUCUAAUAAUUUGUAUAGCUAACAUCAUGCCUUAUAAACAGGUGAUCAUCAUCAUUGUUUUUUGUCUGUUUUUACUUUUAUUAAAAACUUCAAUAAGUGAUGACUCUGAUAAAAUAUUUAAUAAUCAAUUUUAUAAAGACAUGGCUGUAAAGUAUGAAAAUGUUAAAUUUGAUAAAGAAGCUCAAAAAUUGAUCGAUAUGGAAAUCAAUCAAUUUCUAAUAGAAAAGCUUGAAAAAAAGAAGUAUUU